AUGUUUGAAAGAAUUACAGGUGGUGGAAUUGUUGUUUUAAAACCAGGUAGCACCCUUAGAUCCAAUCCAAAUGCUAUAAUAACGGAAACUCCUCCUUCAAAUCCAGCUUUUAAGGUUGAUGAUCAUGACUUUGACCAUCAAAAACCAGGAUCAAGCAGAAUAAACAUAUCUCCUAUUGCACCUUCAACUCAACCACAACCAUCUCCUAUCAUAAAAAAAACACCAGCAAAAGGGGGUUGGGGAUCAUAA